GGGCACAAAGUUAACGACAGAAGGUGCAGAGUGAGGAAACACGGCUUCUACGGCGGGAGGUGCCGCCGUUUCGGUAGACGGUGUGUCCCGAGCCCCCCCUACAUAGAUGGGCAGCCCCACUUCCCUCCUCCUGGCGGUCAGAUGGUCGGCCCCGGGCGGACCCACCGUCCUGCCCUCCCCGGAGCUGCCCCCGCCAUGAACUGCCGCGCAGAGGUGCUGGAGGUGUCGGUGGAGGGUCGGCAGGUGGAGGAGGCCAUGCUGGCGGUGCUCCACACCGUCCUGCUGCACCGCAGCACCGGCAAGUUCCACUACAAGAAGGAGGGCACCUACUCCAUCGGCACCGUGGGUACCCAAGACGUGGAUUGCGACUUCAUCGACUUCGCCUACGUCCGUGUCUCCUCUGAGGAGCUGGACCGGGCCCUCCGCAAGGCUGUUGGGGAAUUCAAGGAUGCGCUGCGCAACUCGGGCAGCGAUGGGAUGGGGCAGAUCUCCCUGGAGUUCUACCAGAAGAAGAAGUCGCGCUGGCCCUUCUCGGAUGAGUGCAUCCCUUGGGAGCUGUGGACCAUCAAGGUGAACGUGGUGAACCUGGCUAACGAGCAGGAGCGGCAGAUCUGCCGGGAGAAGGUGGGCGAGAAGCUCUGCGAGAAGAUCAUCAACAUCGUGGAGGUGAUGAACCGCCAUGAGUACCUGCCCAAGAUGCCCACCCAGUCAGAGGUGGACAAUGUUUUCGACACCAGCCUGAAGGACGUGCAGCCCUACCUGUACAAGAUCUCCUACCAGAUCACGGACUCCCUGGGCACUUCGGUCACCACAACCAUGCGCCGGCUCAUCAAGGACACGCUGGCUCUGUAGGUGCCACCGAGGCAGGUUCACCCCGUGUGGUGGCACCUCUCCGGCACAGCCCCUGGCUCUUUGGGACAACUUCUCUGCUUGGAUCCCUCCUCUCUGCCUCCAAAAAGCCUCUGCAGGGAGCCAGGCUCGGCCUGGCCUUUAAUUGUGGGUUGCUACAGGUUUGGUUUGCGCCGUGGGGCACUCGCCUGGCUUGGAGAACCGGCUCGGCGGCUCCCAGGUUGGCUGAGGCGGGGGGUGAGUCCUCGGGGUGAGAGCUGCUCGGUGGUGCGUGUGGCACCGCCUUGGCGCUGGGCUCCUGGCCUGGCAGAGCGACGCUGGGGACCAGCACGGAGGGGCGAUGGUGGCUGAACCCCGUCCAGCCUUGUCCCUUGUCGCUGCCUGUCCUCCCCCCAGCGGCACUGCUUCCUUCCAGGGCCCAGAGACGACCUCACUGCCCUUCUCUGGGGCAAAAAUAAAGGAUUUGUCCUUUCAUGGG